GGAGGGGCCGGAGGUGGUUUCUCUUUCGGAACUGAAACGCGGGCGGGGGAAGAAUGGCAGCGGGAGCAGCUGCUCCGGAGCCUUCGCUGCCUGGUAGCAAAAUCAAACCUUUUACACCAGAAGAAGCCAAAGAAAUCUUGAUGUCUCUGAAGACGCCUGCAAUCUUCUGCAACAUGGCUUCUGACUGGCCAGGACUUCAGUGGAACGCAUCCUACCUUGCUAAGCUAUUGGGUGGAAAGAAAAUACUUUUUAGAAUAGGAAAGAAGGACAUGAACAAAGCUCCUCUCUUUGAAACGGAAUGCAGUUAUACGGAGGCUACCCUUGAAGAGUUUCUUGCCUGGAGUGGAAGACAACCGUCUCGCUCUUCUGGCCCGUUCUGUGAUUACGAUGUGUGUCAAUACUGGACUUACGCUGACUAUAAGUAUAUUGCGAGGCUGUUUGAAGACAAGCCAGAGCACUUCCAGGACAUAAUGUGGUCUGACUUUGGAUUUCCGGGAAGAAAUGGAAAGGAGAGUACUUUGUGGAUUGGCUCAUCUGGAGCAAACACUCCAUGCCAUUUGGACUCCUAUGGCUGCAACUUAGUGUUGCAAGUGCAGGGAAGGAAAAGGUGGCAUUUAUUUCCACCUGAAGAUUCCAGCUUUCUUUAUCCUACCAGAAUACCCUAUGAAGAAUCUAGUGUGUUCAGCAGAGUCAAUGUGGUUAAUCCUGAUCUGAAAAACUUCCCGCAGUUCAAGAAAGCAGAGGCCCAUAUUGUUACACUUGCUCCUGGCCAGGUCCUGUUUGUUCCCAGACAUUGGUGGCAUUUUGUAGAAUGCAUUGACCCCAUCACUGUUAGCAUCAAUUCUUGGAUUGAAUUGGAUGCAGAUCAUGAAGCCCGAGUGGAAGAGGCAGUAACACGAACACUGAUUUGUGCAAUCAAAUCUGCAGAACAUCCUGGUGCUCCACAUUCUUGGCUUAACCCCACAGAGGUUGAAGUAACAUCCCAUGAAACCAAUCUCCAAUACUUAAGUGGAGCUGUGUCUGCAUAUUUAGAACAUCAGAAGAUAAGAAAAAUUGAACCGAGAGCCUGUGGAACCCAUGAUGCUAGAGAGACUCUGGAAGGCCAGUGCAAGAGGAGAAAAAUCCAAGUAGACACAGAACUGGAGGAUGUGAUAUCUAAACCCUGUGAAUUUAAUCUAAUAGGGAUCAGAGCAAAACGCUUGGAAAAAAUUCCUUUUGGACAGAGUCUCUUGCAGGUUUUGCCACAGUCCCAGGAAACAAACCUAACAGGAACAACUGAAUGUGACAAUGAUAACCUUCUGAGUGAAAAUAAUACACAUCUUGGAAAAUCACAUGAUGCAGGGAGGGAGUCUGGAACGUAUAGUGAUUCCAGAGCACUUCUAGAGGAGAAUGAGCCAAGCUGUAGUGCUGGCUCCCCGCAAACAGUCAUUUCUACAAAUGAUUUGCUAGAUUGUGUUCUAAAUCCUCAAGUUGUCCACUUGAUGGCUCGUCUUUUGCUGGAGAGAGCGAGUGUCUAGCAUGGCCUGUGUUUGUCUUCUUGAAAAUAAAGAGUUUCUGGCAAACAGA